CUCGCUGGCACCUCGCCAUGAUGAUGAUGAGCAUGUCAGGGCUUGUUAUGAGACUGGCGGGAGGGCGUGGCUUAAAGCGAGGGACUUGAGCGCAACAGUGAAAGGACUUUGCUGUCAUCAUAUCAACACAUCUUCACAUGCACACGGCAGGCUAACUGAGUACUCAUCUAAUGAAUUAACACCGCUUUAUAUCCCCUCCAGCUUAAGGAAUAACAUGAACGGACAUUUCAAGUGUUUCUGAAGUACGACACACAUCUGGUGUCAGGACAUCACGAUUCUGGGAUAACAUCAACUUACUAACAUCACCUUUUGAAGACUGUAUGUGGAAUGGCCCGACCAGAGAUGGAAAGCAGAGUGGACGAACAUAACUCUGGCACGCCGAACAGCUGCAGGAUGGAGGUGCUGCGUCAGGACGCCUGGCCAAAUGGCAGCAUCAUCCAGCCCUGCCAUCGACGCCGAACCAUUGCCACUCAAACCAGCACUCUCUCUGCACCACUGCCCCACAUCCCCUCACAUGAUGCCUUCAGCUUGGACAGCGUCCAGCAGCAGGACAGUCUACUCAGGGACAAUUCAGGAACAGAACAGGAAGUGUCCAGGCCUCUUCCUCUGCCAGAUCUGCUAGCAGACAACCAGAGCUCCUCAGAGGAGUCCACGUCCAGCAGCAGCUCGACCGCUGAGGAGGACCCCACACUGGAGGAGCAGGCUGUGGAGAGGGUGGCCGUACAACUGAGGACAAUUGGGGACGAGAUGAACGCUGUCUUCCUUCAGAGGAAUGCCGUCCCGCACUGGCAGAACUGGAGAGGCCUGUACCGCGGGCUCAUGGCGCUGGUCUCGGACACCAUCAAUGCCCUCUACCAGCACGGCCUCAGAUGAACACACGGGUUACAAAGGACAGGACGAGUGCAGGCGCUCUCCUUUCCAACACUUACAGACUCUGGGAUUUUUCUGCAGGAUCAGACGCCAUGUUUGUUUCUUUAUCUGUGUUUGUUUUUUUGUUUUUUUUCAUAAAUGUAGCAUAUAGUGACUGAAGCGUGUGUCCCGGGAUAGACGUCAGUUAGGAGUAAGUGGCGAAUUAGUGAACUCAUUUUUGCAUUUUUAACUGGAGUGCUGGAAGUUACAUGAUACCGGGUCACUCUCAAACAAACACACUGAGCCUAGAAGUGCUUUAUGGGUAAUGGGUUUUCCUCUCCGCUGCCUUACAGGAGCAAUAACUGCGCUGCACUAUCAGUCAUCAACAGCGCAGGACAAGCACUCGCACAAUAUUGAAAUCUCAAUUCUGUCAUCGUUUACGCACCUCUAAUUUUCAUUCAACACUCGUAAAUUUGUUCAUUUGCUGAACACGUGAAAUAUUAUCAUUAUCAAUAUUUUACUCUAACCAUAGUGUAGGAUAUAUGAUACUCUUUCCUCUUGUAAUUUGAAAAUUCAGGAACAACAACAAUAAAAACUGGCAGUGUAUCAUUAAUGAAUUCAAUAAUGAAAACAUUAAAGGCUUUGCAAUGUAAACUCGGAAAAAAUCUGUUAAUUGAGUAUUUUGUGAUUCAUGUUUUUUUACCCAUUAUUACUCAUUUAGGCUUUUCAAUUGCAUUAUGGGAUCUUGAUCUUUCCUCCAAAAGCUUUUGAUGUUGAUUUUUUUUAAAUGGUCUUUUAUUGAUAUUUUUUCACAAUUCAAAUGGAUAUAUUGUCUAGGCUUGUGUUGUAAAUUACGGUACAAAAACCUGGCAAUAAGCAGCCAGUACAUUUUCUGUUAUUAAAAAAACUAACUUAUCUAUUUAUGAUUUCUUAAACAAUAUCUUGUCUCUAACUACUUAAAAUGUCAGUAAAACUCACUCUGUUAAAACUCCAGAGUUGAAUUUUCAACAUCAAAAGUCAGAGCAGAGAUCAACAUCUCAUAAUUCAAUUCACAACCGUAAAUAAACAGAAAAUGUGUGAAUCACAAAAUUGUAUUUACAGAUAUGUUUACAGUGUACGUCAAAACAUUGACUAAUAUCCACCCAUUCGACCAUUUAAUACAGGCUCAUGGGAAACACUAAUAUGCUCAGUUUCCUUAAGUCAAAAAUAAAAUCUAUAGUAAGUUUUCGCUAUCUUUGACCUCUUUUUUUAUGAAGCCAGUCUCAAAUAUAAUACAUUUACAAGAUAUAAUUCAUACAUCCACAACACAAUUCACAUUUACAAAAUUACAAUUCGUAAAUUUAAAACACAAUACAAAAACACACUAAUACAAUUCGUAAAUUCAAAACACGUUCAUUUUCAGAACACAUGGAUGAAAAUAUUUUAGACUGAAUCUGAGAUUUCAGCCCCUUCACUUUUACUGAAAAUGCAUUUUUCUGAAGAAAUUGGAGUUUUUUUUAAUGAUGAACAGAUUUAAUUUAGGUUUAUAUAUUCACAUAUAAACACUGAACUGCAAACAAUGUUUACAGCUUGCUUCACAUGCAAGAAUCAAUGCGUUAAUAAUAUAAAUAAAAGCAUAAAUUCAAUCAGGUCAUCAUGUAAAUCCCCCGUAGAAUACCUCAAUACAUCAUUCAUUUCUAAUUCCUUUGAAAAUGAAUAGAUUUACGGUUACAGAAGUGUCUCAGAUUGCAUUAAAAAGAUCUUCCGAAGCUUGAGGGUGAGUAUAUACGAUGACAUAAUUGAUUUUCUAAAGCGAACCCUUUUAAUGGUAAACGGGUGAUAUUUACUGCAGUAAUGGAACGUGUGUGUACUUUUUAAUGGAGCACAGUUGGAUCGUGCCUUGCGAACACCCUUUUUGUACUAAAGCCAUUAGGGACAAUCAUUGAAUAGUGUGCGGGUUAACCCAUACUGUCGCCCCCUAGCUGAAUCUAAACUUCGGGACACAGAUUUGCCACUUAAUUUAAAGACUGGUCGCCUCCAAUGGAGGCAAAGGAGAAAGCCAGACCACUAGUAAUGGAAAUGGCUGGAGAGCAGUGUUAAUAUUUGCAAGUGUACAUAUUUUGAGGAUAGAAUAAACAGGGAGUUUUUUGGUUUCUUAUGUGGUUUCUAUAUUUUGAUGAAAUGACCUUAAAGUACUUAACAUUAAGUUCCUUUUUCGGUUUCAGUUUGGUUUCGUUAUAUGAGCUUUAUUUUUUGGGGGGCCGACACUGGAAUGCAGUUGUUUUCAAGUCCAGUGGAUUUCUGUCUGUUUCUGGAACUUAAUUAAAUAUAUCGUGUAAAAAUAAGUGAGCACCCCUCUCCCCAUGAUAAAAAUGUACUUUGCGAAUUGAGUUCUCAAACAAAUAUAUUUGAGAAGCACAAGCUAAUUUAUUGAGCGUCCAUUUGUUAUAGGCGGAACUGAAGUGGAUUGAAUAAGCAUGGAGAUCUUCAUUAGUGUUGUGUUCCUAUGGACCAAAUCUCUCUGUCGUUUAUUUGUUGACAUUCCCCUGAAGGUUGUAAGAACAAUCCAUUCAUUUCCUGUUUUUUUUUCUUUCAUUCUGCUGUAAUUUAUUUGUCUACAAAAAGGACUAAACUGAGCCAAACUUUGAUCAUACUUGAACAGACUGAAUCAUCGUGUCAGAUCCAGGUCUGUCUGGGACUUUUACAGAUACGUAACACUGUUAUGGGUUUCAAGCACUUCCCUUAGAAACCACUUUUGAACAACUGUGGCCGGUCGGUGUGUAAACUCCUUCAACCACUCAUUUCUGUGUUUGCGUCGGCUUCUGUAGUGUCGGUCAUGGCAUGUUGUGGAGCAGAGAUGUGUUUCCUGUGGCCGCUUGUCUCAUGACUUCCUGUUUAACAACAGUUGUGUGGUCUGUUUCCUGUGGCCACCUUGUGACUUUCAACCAAACUGUUCGCUGAUGCGGAAAGGCCUUAUUUGUACUGUCAGAUUUACACUAAACUCAUGACUCAUUUUCUAGCUUUGUACUUUUGCCAUUUGAAAUUUUUCUAUGUAAAAUUUCUACAUGAAUUUUUGUAUAGUUUUUUUUUUCUUCACCGUUUUCAAUAAAUAUGACAAUUACAAAAGUG